AUGAUCCAGUCCAUGUUCAUCAUGACCACCACCGGUGAGGUGAUCAUCGAGAAGCACUGGCGCGGCAUUACGAGUCGUAAUGUAUGUGACUUCUUCAUGGAGGAGGUCAACAAGUACCGCGAGCGCGAGGACGUGCCGCCUAUCAUUACGACCAGCAAGUAUUACCUGGUUAGCGUCUUCCGCGACGAUCUAUUCGUACUUGCCGUCGUCACCAACGAGAUCUCUCCCCUAUUCGUGAUCGAGUUCCUGCACCGAGUACUCGCGGUCUUCCGUGAUUAUUUCGGUAACUUCGACGAGAAUUCCAUGAAGGACAACUUCUCAACAGUCUAUCAGCUACUGGAGGAGAUGCUGGACAAUGGUUACCCACUCACCACAGAGCCCAACGCUCUUAAAGCCAUGGUGGCUCCUCCCUCGACUGCAAACCGCAUCGCUGCCAUGGUAUCCGGCAAGUCGCGUGUAAGCAACACGCUUCCCGACGGCGCCAUCUCCAACAUCCCGUGGCGCAAAGCUGGUGUGCGCUACACGCAGAACGAAAUCUACUUCGACAUUGUGGAGGAAAUCGACGCUAUUAUCGACGUAUCCGGUCGCAUGAUCUCGUGCGAGGUGAACGGCGCCAUUCACAGUAAUAGUCGCCUCUCUGGCGUCCCGGAUCUCACUAUGGUGUUCACAGAUCCUUCGGUGAUCGACGACUGCUCAUUCCACCCAUGUGUGCGGUACUCAAGAUACGAACGCGAACGGGUCAUCUCGUUCGUGCCUCCUGACGGACAGUUCGAGCUCAUGCAGUACCGUGUGCAGGUUCAAGAACUCGUGCCGCCUGUGUACUGUCAGCCGCAGAUCUCAUACAAGGAGAAAGGUGGCGGUACUCUGGACCUGGUGAUCGGCACUCGUGGGAUGCCUACGCUCAACUCGAACGCUAAGAAGAACCUGCAGGUGGAAGAUGUCACUGUCGAGGUGACAUUCCCGAAGAGUGUACGCACAGUGGAUGUCAACACAGAGCAUGGCACAUGUCUGUUCGAUGAGGCGUCCAAGACUGUCAAGUGGAACGUGGGCAAACUGGGCAAGAAGGUGCUAAAUCCGUCGCUGCGAGGCAACAUCAUUCUUCAUCAGAGCGCUUCAGUACCGGACGAGAAGCCUGUGGUGGUGCUCGGCUUCAAGGUGCCUAUGUCUACUGUCUCUGGUCUGAACGUUGAAACGUUGCUGAUCACUAACGAGAAGUACAAACCUUACAAGGGCGUGCGGACGAUGACUAAAGCUGGACGCUUCCAGAUCCGGACGUAG